ACGGAGAUUACAACUUUUUACGGGGCAAAUCCGAAGUCUUGAAGUCCAUGCCCUGCAGCUCUUGCCAUUAAACCAUGGGAAUUUUGCAGCUCCCCGGUGUUUCAUUGAGGAGCUAUUUUGAGGUUUCUGCUUGUUAUUCGUCAUUGUCUAGGAAACAUAUUACAGCCCCGUUGGUAUUGGUUCCACAAAGAAGGGAUGGAUUUCAGAUGUCAGGAUGGUAUACAGAAUUCACAUUGCCUUCGCAACCUAUUUUACCCGCAUACCGAAUCCCCAUUGCAGCACAUACUCUUUAUCCCCGAUACAUUCGUCAAGCACUUAGUGGGGAGACAGAGGGUGCCAUAAGCAACGAAGACAUGAUCCUCGAUGAGCAAGCACUUGACCGUGAGCUAGAAAGCGCAAUCCAAGAAGAGAAUUACAAUAGAGCAGCCGAGCUUCGGGACAAGCUCCAAGCACUGCAAGAGAGCAGCAAAGCCGGCGUCCUCAAUGCGAAUACUCGAUUCUAUAAUGCAUUUAGAAGUGGGGACCUUGAAGCUAUGCGUGUUAUAUGGCUUAGAGGCGAGAAUACUCAUUGUGUCCACCCUGGUGCUGGUAUGAUUUCAGGAUGUGCCUAUAUAAUGGAGAGUUGGGAGCUGGUUGCAGGGGCAGAUGUGGAAUUCCCACUAAAGAUUGACUUGCAAAAUGUUGAAGUCCAUGUUAAGGGAGAUGUUGGGUAUGUUACAUGUUUGGAGUUGGUUAAGACUAAGGGUAGUAGGUGGGGAAAGCAGGUUGCCACAAAUGUAUUUGAGAGGGUGGGUGGUGAGUGGUUUAUUUGUAUACACCAUGCCUCACAUGUUACCUUGUGAGGGUUUGUGUUUUUGGUCUCAUUUUCUUUUGGAGAUCCCCAUUGAAGGAGCUUGAUUUUCUGAAUUUCACCACUUGUAGUUUCUAUGCCUAGUCAAUUAUUUUUAGUGCCAG